AUGCCGUUCAUGUCCUCGCCGGCUGUAGCCCCCGCGGGCGCCCUGUCGCCGGUUGAUACCGCGAAAAGAAGACUAGAAGAGCAGUCGGAACAGUCUGCAGAGCCGAAACGGCAGAAGAUGCUGGGCGGGUUUCUGGCAGAUGAUGAUGACGAGGAGGAAGACGACGAUGUGGCGGCCCUGUAUGCCGAAGAUAUAAAAAGCCAGUACGAGGGUCAAGACCAGAUCCCUGAGCCGUGGCCCACUCAAUCACACAACAAUCCGGGGAAUUGGCUAGACUCUCAGCAAUCGAACCCGUUGCCAGAUAUGGCUCCAGCCUCAGUCCCGACAGUUUCAUCGACAGCGGAUUCCUUUGCAGCACAUGAAGCGCCCAGGGUCAUCCAGAUCAAGACAUGUGCGGGAAAAACACACAUUACUCGCGUCAAAGCAGCCAAGCCUCCAGUGAGCUACGAAAGGUUGAUUGCGAGCAGGUCUACCACUGCUCCAGGACGCGCUCAGAAGAGCUACUACGGCAUCGAAAUUCAUAAGUUGCUUGACGAGGCUGCGAAGGAUACCAACGGAGCCAACAGCUCGGAGGCAGCCAAGGGCGAACCUGUCCAGCGAUCAAUCGAGCCUGCUGUUGAAACCCAUCGAAAUAGAAAGUUGGCGUCUGCAAUGUGGACUGAGAAGUAUCGCGCACGGAAAUUUACUGACCUGAUUGGGGACGAGCGAACCCACAGAGCCGUGUUGCGCUGGCUGAAAGGAUGGGAUCCUAUCGUCUUCCCCAACCUGGCCAAAUCAGCAUCAAAAAAGCGUGACCAGGACGGUGAAGAACGAGCACACAGAAAGGUCCUGCUCUUGUGUGGUCCUCCCGGUCUAGGCAAGACGACUCUGGCACACGUCUGUGCCAGGCAGGCGGGCUAUGAAGUGCUUGAGAUCAAUGCAAGUGACGAGCGAAGCCGAGAUGUAGUCAAGGGUAGGAUUCGGGAUGCUCUUGGGACAGAAAACGUCAAGGGCAUGAACGUCGAGGUUGGCGACAAGAAGGUUCGCAAGGCCGGACGACCGGUGUGUGUCGUGGUCGACGAAGUCGACGGAGUGGUCAGCGGAUCUGGAGGCAGUGGGGAGGGAGGUUUCAUGAAGGCCCUUAUCGACCUCGUGCUCCUCGAUCAAAAGAAUUCGGCCCGCAAUGCCGAACAGACGACAAAGACAGGCAAGAAAAGAAAAGGGGACACGUUCCGCUUCCUCCGUCCCCUCAUCUUGGUCUGCAACGACGUUUACCACCCGAGUCUUCGGCCGCUCAGGGCUUCAUCAAUCGCGGAGAUGAUCCAUGUUCGUCAGGCACCGCUAGAGAAUGUCGUGCAGCGCGUCAAGAAUAUCUUCUCCCGAGAGGGUAUCCCGUGCGAGAAUGACGGCGUGCGAAGAUUGUGUGAAGCUGCUUGGGGGAUCGAAAGCAGAAAGCAGCGAACCUCGAAAAACAGCGGGUCCAACGAAGGUGAUAUUCGGAGUGUGCUGGUUGCCGCUGAAUGGGUCGCCCACAAGAUUAGGAACGAGGCUUCGUCUUCGUCCAAGUUAACGAAGAGUUGGCUUGAACAGAAGAUCUUAUGCAGCUCGUCCGACGGUUCCAACGCCCUCUCCAAGGGGUUGAGUAGGGGUGGCGUGCGUGAGAUUGUUGAUCGCGUGUUCACAGAAGGAGCCGGUUUCUCGGACGCGCCGCUUGGGAGUGACUCUUUCCGUGACAAGUUCGACGCCUCUGGUUCAAGAAUGCCUGUCGGUGUUGCCGACAUGAAGAAACGCCAUGCAAUCAACAGGCUGCGAGAGAUGAUCGACGCCAGCGGCGAUCACGACCGCUGCCUAUCCGAAUGCUUCGCAUCGUAUCCGAUCCAGGCUUUCCAAGACGAUACCUUCCUUUCCAAACCGAACGCGGCAUAUGAGUGGUUGCAUUUCCACGAUACCAUGUCAUCAAAGGUUUUCUCGAACCAGGACUGGGAGCUCACUCCGUAUCUCAGCCAGUCAGUCCUCGCGUUUCACCAUCUCUUCUCAUCAGCGAGCGGCAAAAUCAAUCUACAAGACAAACUUGACGAGAAGGACAAUGAGGAGGAAGAAGAUCAUCCAUUCUCUGGGCCUAGGGCAGAUUUUGCUGCCUUCGAGGCCCAGAAGCAGAACCGUGCUGUGUUGAACGGCUUCCAGAGUUCAUUGUCCGCUCCAAUGAACCGUCUCUUUCGUUCUGCUGAGAGUGUAGCAACCGAUCUUAUCCCUAGUCUCAUGCGAAUGCUCUCCCCUGACGUCAAGCCGGUGGUCGUCCGCGGCAGUGGAGAACAAAAGAGCAUUGCCAGCGUUCGAAAAGAAAGUGAGCGAACCCUCGUCCAGUUGGCUGUACGGGUAAUGGUCGGAAUGGGAGUCACCUUUGAAAAGGUCCGGGUUGAGAAUGAGAGCGGUGGCCAUAGUGGAUGGGCAUACCGGAUGGAACCGCCUCUGGAUUCACUUGUUGCCUUCUCGAAGAUGGCCAAUGCCGGUAGUUCUGCACCGGUGCGGUAUGCUGUCCGUCAGGUGCUUGACCAAGAAUACCGGAAGGAGACAAUGCGAAAGCAAUCCGAAGCAUCGAUUCUGCCUGGGUCGAAGAGUGGCAAGAGGCACUCAGGCGGUCCUUUGGACGGUCCGGAUUCCAAGGGCAUCUCGGGCAUAAAGAUCGACUCAGCUGUUAAGCGCGACUUCUUCGGCCGCCUAAUCACCGAGUCCAAACCGCAGGCCAAAACCGCCAGCGAAAGCCCAAAGAGCAACGGUAACAUUCUAUCAGCCAAACGUGAUAGGAAAGUGUGGGUUACAUUCCACGAGGGCUUCUCCAAUGCUGUGCGCAAGCCGAUCUCGAUGAGCGAGUUCCUAGCUGGACUAUGA